AUGGCUUCCAAACCUACCAUAAUCCUUGUUCCUGGUGCUUGGCAUAGUCCAGACUGCUAUGAUCGGGUUAUUGAAUAUCUCCAUGAAGCAGGCUACAAGACCGAAAAAGUGCAUCUCCCUUCUGUUGGCCCACCAGAACAUUAUACCGACUUUUCAGCCGAUGUGGCCCACGUACGAAAAUACAUCGAAAAGGCCGUAAACGCCGGCCAGAAGGUUGUGGUGGUUGUCCACUCCUACGGAGGCCUCCCGGGAAACGAAGCCAUAAAGGAUCUUGAUCUCAAAACAAGACAGAGUCGCGGGCUCGAAGGGGGUGUCUCACAUCUAUUCCUCUGUUGCUCCUUUGUGGUUUCAGAAGGAUCAUCGCUGCUAGGUGCCAUCGGAGACACUGAUCCCUCAUGGCUUGAUGUUUCUGAGGAUAAACUUGAGACCAGUUCCAAAAACCCCGUUGAGACUUUUUACAACGACAUGACCGAAGACGAUAUCAAUCAUGCCGUUGCAGCUCUGAAGCCACAUAGCUAUCAGACGUUCAAAAGCAGAUGUACAUUUGCAGCUUGGAAAACGGUACCAACCACGUAUCUUUACUGUCUCCGAGACCAAGCAAUUCCCAUAUCUGCGCAAAGGAUGAUGGUAGAGGAAACCGGCAAGGGAUUUGGAAUAAUGACGGAGACGGUAGAUGCCUCGCAUAGUCCGUUUUAUACAGUGCCAUCUCAGAUGGCAGGAGCCAUCCGACGAGCUGCUGGGGAGAAUGUCUAGGACCAACAGGAACGUAUAAAGGCCACCGCUCAAACGUGUUGUGAUUGAACCUGGUUCCAUAUGCUGGAUAGUAGCCAGAAUG